GCCCCACAGCCUCCUCCAGCAGGGAGGUCCUGGCUCGGUGGAGCCUUUAUCACAGCACCUGCACGAGGAUCAAGGCACAGGGAGCCCCAGGCAUGCACAGGGAGGUGGGUGGAGGGGCCUUGAGAUAAGGCAGCAGACACAACACGAUGGUGUGGGGCGGGGGGACCCCUUCCCAGCCCUCUUAAAUGGCGUGGCCCCGCUGGCCAGAGCUGCCAGCCAUGGAGAGAACCACGGUGCUGAUCACAGGCUGCUCCUCAGGCAUCGGCCUGGGGCUGGCUGCACGCCUGGCAGCUGACGCCUCUCGCCGCUUCAAAGUUUAUGCCACCAUGCGCGACCUGGCCAAGGGUGAGCGGCUGCUGGAGCGCCUGGGGGGCUGCUGCCCCGACACGCUGGAGGUGCUGCAGCUUGAUGUCACUGAUCCAGGCUCGCUGGCAGCUGCUGCACAGCGGGUGCAGGGACAGCGGCUGGAUGUGCUGGUCUGCAAUGCAGGGGUGGGACUGAUGGGACCGCUGGAGACCUGCUCCGACCAGGCCAUGAAAACUCUCUUCGAUGUGAACCUCUUUGGGGCUGUCCGCACCAUCCAGGCAUUCCUGCCUGCCAUGAAGAGCCGCAGGGCCGGGCGGAUCAUUGUCUCCAGCAGCAUCGGGGGGCUGCAAGGGCUGCCCUUCAAUGCUGUGUACUGUGCCAGCAAGUUCGCAGUGGAGGGGCUGUGCGAGAGUCUGGCCAUCGUCCUGCGCCCCUUCAACAUCCACCUGACGCUGGUGGAGUGCGGACCGGUCCACACCAGUUUCCUGGCCAACCUGCAGCAUGAUGAGCACUACAUCCCCCGGGCUGUGCUGCUGGACCUGGAGCCCCGUGUCAUCCACUCCAUCCUCAACUCCCCUUACGCCAACCUUUACAACCCAGAAAACAUCUACCUGUCCGAGCAUGGAGGGGGAGCUGGCAACAACUGGGCCAGUGGCUUCUCGCAGGGAGAAAAGAUCCAUGAAGAUAUUUUUGACAUAAUAGACAGAGAGGCUGAUGGGAGUGACAGUUUGGAAGGAUUUGUGCUUUGCCACUCUAUUGCUGGUGGAACAGGCUCUGGGCUGGGCUCGUACCUUCUGGAGAGACUGAAUGACAGGUGA